AUGACAAUUGCUCUUUAUGCUAAUUGCAAUUUGAAAAUAAGAAAUAUAAUAUAGUGCUUUAUUGAUUUCUUAUACAAAUAUUAAUAAACAUAUUAAUGCGAUGCCCUAAAAAAUACCGACAAACUAAUAAACAGACAUUUUCUAAAUUGUGGCGUCAAGCUGCUAAUACACUUUUCAUAAAUACUGCUUAUUCUAGAAUGA